CGAAGAAAGAACAGCGACCUCUUCUUCUUCUUCUUCUUCUUCUCUCUCUCUCUUCCUUUGAAGAAGAUUUUUUUUUUUAUAUUUGGUUUUCAAGAAUUUGCUGAAACACAAAACUCUCACACUCACAAGAGAGCAAAAGAAGAUAUAUAUAAAAUAUAAAAGAAGAAAGAAGCCUAAGACAAAGAAAGCUAUAUAGAAGAGAAAACGAUAGCUAUAAGCUUCUCUGCAACUCCAAGGAUCGAUCCAAGAGCUUUGGAGAGAAAGAGAUAUAUAAUGAAGAGUAAUUACAAGAAUCAAGAAUUGAUAUGGGUUUAGUUACUACUACUACUACUACAACUCUUCUUCAUCAUCAGGAUUUAGAUUCUUCUUCUUCUAUGUCACAAGAUUAUCAUCACCAUCAUCAUCACCAAGGAAUCUUUUCCUUUUCUAAUGGAUUCCACAGAUCAUCAUCAACUACUCAUCAAGAGGAAGUAGAUGAAUCUGCUGUCUCCGGUGCUGCUCAGAUUCUGGUUUAUGAGUCAUCAGCCGGGAUGUUGUCUGAAAUGUUUGCUUAUCCCGGCGGUGGCGGUGGUGGUGGCUCUAGUGGAGAGAUUCUUGAUCAGUCUAGUACUAAGCAAUUGCUAGAGCAACAAAACCGUCACAACAACAACAAUAGCUCAACUCUUCAUAUGUUAUUACCAAACCAUCAUCAACAACAAGGUUUUGCUUUCACCGACGAAAACACUAUACAAGAACAACAACAACAACACUUCACAUGGCCAUCUUCAUCCGAUCAUCAUCAUCAACAACAAAACCGAGAUAUGAUCGGGACCGUACACGUGGAAGGCGGGAAGGGUUUGUCUUUAUCUCUCUCAUCUUCAUUAGCCGCAGCUAAAGCCGAGGAAUAUAGAAGCAUUUAUUGUGCAGCCGUCGAUGGAACUUCUUCUUCUUCUAACGCAUCGGCUCAUCAUCAUCAGUACAACCAAUUCAAGAACCUUCUUCUUGACAACUCUUCUUCUUCUCAUCAUCAUCAUCAUCAAGUCGUGGGACAUUUUGGUUCAUCCUCAUCAUCUCCCAUGGCUGCUUCUUCCUCCAUUGGAGGGAUCUAUACGUUGAGGAAUUCGAAAUACACCAAACCGGCUCAAGAAUUGUUGGAAGAGUUUUGUAGUGUUGGAAGAGGACAUAUCAAGAAGAACAAACUUAGUAGGAACAACUCAAACCCUAAUACUACAGGUGGAGGAGGAGGUGGCGGCGGAGGUGGAGGUUCGUCGUCUUCCGCCGGGACAGCCAAUGAUAGUCCUCCAAUAUCUCCGGCUGAUCGGAUAGAACAUCAAAGAAGAAAGGUCAAGCUAUUGUCUAUGCUUGAAGAGGUGGACCGACGGUACAACCAUUAUUGCGAACAAAUGCAAAUGGUAGUGAACUCAUUCGACCAAGUAAUGGGUUACGGUGCAGCGGUUCCUUACACGACAUUAGCUCAAAAGGCAAUGUCUAGGCACUUCCGUUGCUUAAAAGACGCGGUCGCGGCUCAGCUUAAACGCAGCUGUGAGCUUCUAGGGGACAAAGAAGGAGCAGGAGCUGCAUCCUCUGGCCUAACCAAAGGCGAAACGCCGCGGUUGCGUUUGCUAGAGCAGAGUUUGCGUCAGCAAAGAGCGUUUCAUCAUAUGGGUAUGAUGGAGCAAGAGGCAUGGAGACCGCAACGUGGUUUGCCUGAACGCUCCGUUAAUAUCCUUAGAGCUUGGCUUUUCGAACAUUUUCUAAAUCCGUACCCAAGCGAUGCUGAUAAGCAUCUCUUAGCACGACAGACUGGUUUAUCCAGAAAUCAGGUGUCAAAUUGGUUCAUAAAUGCUAGGGUUCGACUAUGGAAACCAAUGGUAGAAGAGAUGUAUCAACAAGAAGCAAAAGAAAGAGAAGAAGAAGAAGCAAAUGAAAAUGAAAAUAAAAACGAACAACAAAGAAGACAGCAACAAACAAACAACAACAACAACAACAACGACACGAAACCCAACAAUGAAAACAACUUCACUACUCAUGUCAUAACCACACAAACUCCAACGACGAUGACAUCGACACAUCACGAUAACGACCCUUCAUUCCUCCCUUCCAUCGUCGCCGCCGCUUCUCACGGCUGCUCGGACGCCUUCACCGUCACCACGUGUCAUCAGCAAGACGUCGUCGUCAGUGACUUCCACGUCAUCGAUGGUGCUGCUAAUGUCAUAAGAUUUGGGACCAAACAGCCUGGUGACGUGUCUCUUACGCUUGGUCUACGCCACUCUGGCAAUAUUCCUGAUAACAACAACAACACUUCUUCUUUCUCCGUUAGAGACUUUGGAGAUUUUCACUAGUCUUCUUCGUUUCUCAUCACAUUUAUUUAUCCCAUAAUUUUAUUUUUAUAGUGAAUUUGUUUUUUGGUUGAUUCUAUAUAUAUGUUUUUAAAUU